UUAACCCGGGAGCAAAUCCUUCGAUACGAGAGAAACCAACGUGCGCACGGGCGGGUCCACACGAGGGGUCCCGCCGAGCUGAAAGAAAGCAGCCUCGGCGCUCGGUUUCCGAUAGGUGCGGAGGGACCGGGCCUGCCAACUCCGCGCGGCAGAAGACGAGCAGCAAAGCGCUGCCGCCUUCGCCGAACGUUCCCAACUGGCUGCCACCGCCGGUCGCCCCUCUCUUGGGUAGCCGUCAUGCCGGGCAUGAUGGAGAAAGGAGCCGAGCUCCUGGUGGGCGCCAAGAGCAGGGCGGCCCCCAACGGCACCAAGAACGGCGGUGGCGGCAGCAGCCCCGGUUCCAACGGGAACUUUUUCGAGCCGGAAAGCGGCGGUGGCGGCGGCGGUGACAGCGGCGACGAGCACGAUGUAGGAAUGAGGGUCGGAGCAGACUAUCAAGCUCGCAUCCCUGACUUUGAUCCUGGAGCUACAAAAUACACAGAUAAAGACAAUGGAGGAAUGCUUGUGUGGUCUCCUUAUCAUAGUAUUUCUGAUGCCAAAUUGGAUGAAUACAUUGCUAUAGCAAAGGAAAAACAUGGAUACAAUGUGGAACAGGCACUUGGCAUGUUGUUCUGGCAUAAGCACAACAUUGAGAAAUCCCUUGCAGAUCUCCCGAAUUUUACUCCUUUUCCAGAUGAAUGGACGGUUGAAGAUAAAGUCCUUUUUGAACAAGCAUUCAGUUUCCAUGGAAAAAGCUUUCACAGAAUUCAACAAAUGCUUCCAGACAAGACUAUUGCAAGCCUUGUAAAAUAUUACUAUUCCUGGAAGAAAACACGUUCUAGAACAAGUUUAAUGGACCGCCAGGCUAGAAAACUAGCUAAUAGAAAUACUCAAGGUGAUAGCGAUGAUGAAGUUGAAGAACCUCACCCUAUGGAUGGAAAUGAUAGUGAUUAUGAUCCCAAAAAGGAAAGUAAAAAAGAGGGGAAUCAUGAGCAGCCUGUGCAGUCCAGCAAAAUAGGAUUAGGUAGAAGAGAAUAUCAAAGUUUGCAACAUCGUCAUCAUUCUCAGCGCUCUAAAUGCCGUCCUCCAAAAGGCAUGUACUUAACUCAAGAAGACGUGGUAGCAGUUUCAUGUAGCCCCAACGCCGCCAAUACACUUCUUAGGCAGCUGGAUAUGGAGUUGAUCUCACUGAAGCGACAGGUCCAGAAUGCUAAACAAGUAAACAGUGCACUUAAGCAGAAAAUUGAAGGUGGAAUAGAUGAAUUCAAACCUCCUGAGACAAAUCAAAAAAUAAAUGCCCGUUGGACAACAGAAGAACAACUUCUUGCAGUUCAAGGUGUCCGCAAAUAUGGUAAAGAUUUUCAAGCUAUUGCUGAUGUAAUUGGCAAUAAGACUGUUGGUCAAGUGAAGAACUUCUUUGUAAACUACAGGCGUCGUUUUAACUUAGAGGAGGUAUUGCAGGAGUGGGAAGCAGAACAAGGAACCCUGGCUUCUAAUGGUGAUGCUUCUGCUUUAGGGGAGGACACAAAAAACACUAAUGUGUCAUCAGGAAAAAGUACAGAUGAAGAAGAUGAGGCCCAGAUCCCACAGACUCCUCAUUGUGUAGGGUCUUCUCCACCAGCCCAGGCAUCUACUCCAACACCAGUAACCCCUGUAACAACUUUGAACCAGCCUCCUCCACUGCUUCGUCCCACCCUUCCGGCUGCUCCAGCUCUUCAUCGUCAGCCUCCACCACUACAGCAACAAGCUCGAUUUAUUCAACCAAGGCCAACCCUAAACCAGCCCCCUCCACCACUCAUCCGUCCAGCUAAUUCCAUGCCUCCUCGCCUAAACCCAAGACCAGCACUGUCCUCCACUGGCGGGCCACAGCCACCUUCACUUAUUGGAAUCCAGACAGAAUCACAGUCCCCGCUGCAUUAAACAAAUAGAACAGAACUAUGGUAAUUAAAGUAGUAUCAGUGUUUAUUCUCCUCAGCUAAUGAAGAGGUGAAGGAAGGGAAAGCAAGCUUUCCACAAUAUUGAACUGUCACAAAGAAGAAGGUGGAAAUGGAUAUGUAACAUGUGAACGAUCUUCUGAGUGAGAGAAACUUCAGUGCAGUAGAUUAUUACAAAGAAAACCAUGUCUACAAAGUCAGCAUUUUACAAAGCUAACUUCUUUUUAAAAAAGAAAAAGAAAAAAAAAUUCACUGCACUAUGACUUCAACUGAUUUUUAGUCUAUUUAUUUUAUAAAAUCCUUUGUAUUCAACUUCAUGAAAGUAAACCAUCUGGAUAGUGUAAGAGUUUCAAUUUAAGAUUCAAACAGGGCUGUAAAUGUGAUAAACUGGGGAAAUUAUUUUUACAUUUUCCUAUGUUAGGAGCGCAAGUAUUAUUGAUAAGCCAUUCAGAUUUUGACAGAUACCACCACUUCUUACAUUUUUCUAGGCUUGUAUUUUCUAUAUUUCUUCAUAAAGUACUUUUCUUCAAUCUACUUGUUGGAAAAGUCUUGAAGAAUGCAAAGCUAAGGUACUAAAGAGGUUCAACUAUAUAUAUGGUCUUCUGAUACUGGAAACAUGACUUGCUAAUGCAAACUCUAUGAUAGACAGCAACUGAGCUACCAUUUGCAUCCAACACUAGUAGCCAAAUGGCUAACAAAGUCACAGUUGUCUUCUUUUUAAUAAACUUUGUAGUACUACUUCUUACCUGAAAUUUUAUUCUAUUAAGUUCUGGAAAUAAUUUAGCAAGGAGUGCUGAAUUCCAUACAUAUAGGGGCAUAGUGAAACAGUCAAAUAUUAAGAAUGUUUCCUGCUUCAUUUCUUGGGAUAUCUCAGUCUCUUUUUGCUGUUCCUUGCCAGUGCAUGUCCCCUCUUUUUUUUUCUUGGUAUCAAAAAAGAUGCCAACUCAUGCUUAAUCAGUUGGAGUUUAACUGUUUAUCAUCAAAGUGACAUGCUUUUAAUUUUGAGCAAGAAAUACCAAGCAAUGAAAAUCUAUUUUCUGAAAGAUGUGCAUCUCUUUAAUACAGCUGACUUCCCCACUUCUUACUAAAGCAACAGUGUUUUAACUUUAAAAGUUAAAAUUCGGGAUGAUUUCAUGUAUAGCAAAGCUGUACUGGUCUCAUGUACUGCAUUUUACAGCUCAAAUAUCAAAAUUUUUAGACUAACACCUUAUCAUGAUUAAGGUAUUAAAUAAUUUGCCCAUUUCAUGGUCUUAAUUUUUUAAAAUUCUUAAUUUAAAUCAAAUUUCAUUUGUAGUAUAUUAAAUAGAAAUCUCUUCAAUGGAUGUCUCUUGUACAUUAUCUGUAUCCAACCAGAGUGUUUGGUUUUUAAUACUGGCUUUUCAGUGGGGGUGGGUGGAAGCAUCACUAUCCCUUGUCAUAAUUCUUGGUACUUCACUAUAUUUGACCUUUGGUUCCAAUGUCAAUAUUAAUCCACUGGAAUUCUUCCAAUCUGCCAUAGUCCUGUUUGUGCAUUUUGGCAUAACUCUCUAAAUACCAAACUAUUAACAAUGCAUCUUCAAUAUUUAAAUAUGUAGAUCAGGUUUCCCAGUGACUGUAUUGUCUUUUUUUUUUUUUUUUGGCUAACUUUUGUCUUGUCUCUUGUUGCUAGAACUUCAGUAUGCAGAAGAUUGGGUGCUGCCAUUUAAAUGGCAAUUUUAGACUAUCGAAACUAUAACUGGGCACUUGUGUGUUUGGGUAUGAUGGUAUAGUAUGUAGUAUAAUACUGCUUUACAUACGCUAUGCCACACAGUGACAAAAUGUUUAGCAUUUGUAGUACUGAAUAUGUACAUAGCAAAAUGUUGUCCUUUAAAAAAUUGUGUGCUUUCCAGAUUAUGUGCAUACAGCUUGCACGUCCUGUUUUGGGUAGGGGGUUGUGUUAAGCAGUGUUUUUGCCUGGAGGAGUGAAAUGCUUGCUGCUUAAUCAAAGAAUUAAAGUUUCCAAGGAAUCUGUGUCUAUUUUUAUGUACCUUGUAAUGGUUUAAGAUACUUAGGCCCUAUACUGUGAUUCUCUUCUAAAUUCAUUUAUAUUUUUUUAAUGAUUAGAAAUAAAACUAUACAAUUUUUUUUCAUUUCAAAGAAGUUUUCUUUUUGGGCAAUAUUAUAAAAAUCUAGUUUGACUUUGUACCAUUUCUACAAACCAUAAUCUUCAUCUUGGUUUAUUUUUGUCACUUUAUGAAAUGUAAAAAAAAUUUGCACUCCCUUUUAAGUUGGGCAAAAAUUUAUUUCUUACAGUGGUUAUGACAAAUGUAACUUUGCAUCUUCUUUUUAUGUACAGUUUUCAGUUACAAUAAAGAAAUAUAAAAACUUUUAAAUGAAUGGCCAUCUAUAAGGCCUAUGUGUAUAUUUGGAGAAAACAUUUCUAGGCUGAAUUAUUACGUGGUUGGAAAAGAGGUUUGUGACUAUAUAUGCAGACACCAGAUACUUCAAUUAUAAAUUAAAAAUGAUGGAACAGUAAAUUCUUGAUACUGCAGUUAUAAUAUAUUCUUAAACAGGAAAAACGUAAUGCCUGUAAGACAGGUAUAUGGGACACACAUUGUAUAGCUUUUAGAAUAUAGGAUUACAUAAUUUUGAAAUGGUUAGAUGUACUCUUUGAUCCAUUAAUCUGUCACAUCUGAAUAACAUAUAUAAUAAUAAUAAAAAUCAAAGAUUAUAGAAAAGUAUAAACUAUUCUGAGGUUAAGGUAAUUGAUAAAAGUUAAGAAUACAUUUAGAACAAUCUUGAACGUUCCCAAAAUAUUUUUUGUCUAAGCAUAGAAAGACUUCCAUCAAAUAGCUUUCUAAUACUCCCGAGCAAAUCAUUCAAAGACUUGUGGCAAUCUUGGGUUUACAAAUUCAUUUGCAGCACACAUUUCUUUUUCAUAUUUUGCUUUCUAUAUUCUAUCUUCUCUCAAAGAUACUGAAGCUAACAUGUAUAAUCUCUGAUCAUUAUGCAAAUAGAUUUUAAAAAGAAGAGAAAAUUGAAAUAAUAAAAAAAUGUUGUGUUAUC